AAAAUUUUAAUAAUUUAAAUAUAGAAACCUGAUUCAUUUUUAAAACCACCUGUUGAUGUCAAAGCUAAAGAAGGAAAAGAUAAAAAAGUGCGUUUUGAAGCAGUAUUUUCAAAGAGUGGAGUUAAAGCAAGAUGGUACAAAAACAAACAAGAACUUUUCUUGGGGAAAAAGUAUCAUAUGAGCAGUCAAGGUGAUUUACAUGUUUUGGAAAUUAACAAUCCCAUUGUUGAAGAUUCUGCUCGUUAUGUGUGCCAGUGUUUAGAUGCUACUACUUCAGCUUUACUAGAUGUAGAUGAACCUGAUCCUGUCUACAAAUUCAUUAAAAAAUUACCAGCUAAAGAAGACUUUUUCACUACAAAGGAAGCUGUAUUAGAAGUUUUAGUUAAUACUGCAAAAGCACCUGUUAAAUGGUAUAAAGAUAAACAAAAAAUAGAGUCUUCAGACAGAAUAACAUUAAUCUGUGAUGGACUUGGUAAAAAAUACUUAAAAAUAUUGGAAGCUGUAGAAUCAGAUACAGGAGAAUAUAUGUGCAAAAUAAAUGAGGAAGAAUUCUGUGUUUGUAAAGUAUCUGUUACAGUUCAACAGUUUACAUUUACUAGACUAUUGAAGAGUAUGAAGAUACCUGAGAAAGACACCCUGACUCUUGAAUGUGAUGUAAAUGAAUGGGAAGGAAAAGUUACUUGGUUUAAAGGAGACAAAGAAAUUACUGCAGGAAAACGAUAUGAGAUUAUUUCUGAAGGAAGAAGGCGUAGAUUAAUUAUAAAAAAUGUACAGUUAACAGAUGAAGGAGAAUACAGUUGUAAAACUAAUGCUGAUGUUACAAAAUGUGAAAUAAUUGUUGAACCUGCCAAUAAAUUUAUGAAGAAAUUAAUGGAUAUGAGUGUCCUUGAAAGGGAGGAAGUAAUAUUGGAAUGUCAGCUGUUAGAUACUAAUGCUAAUUUAUUGUGGUUUAAAGAUGGUGUAAAAGUGAAACAAACAGACAGAAUUACAAUUAAAUUAUUGGAGAAAGGUUUUCAUCGACUUAUUAUUAAUAAUUGCCAAUUGGAUGAUGCUGGUGAAUACAAGUGUGAAAGUAAAGAUCUAACAACACAAUGCAAACUAGAAGUUAUAGAAGCUGAAAGAACACCAGUUAUUAAACUUGACAAAUUUGAUUAUGUUGGUGAUGCUGGUAAACCAUUGCUCAUUGAAAUUCCAUAUUUAAUUACGGGUCAAAGGACAUCUAAUGUUGUUGCUAAACUUUUACGUGGUGAAAAAGCUCUCACUAAUAAAGAUUGUGAAUUAAUCAUAAAACCUGAUAAAGUUAUGCUUACACUCAGAAAGCCUGUAAGAGCAUCAACUGGAGAAUAUGAAUUCUCUUUAAGUAAUUCUCAAGGAGAAGCAAAAUGUAAACUUAAAGUGGACAUUUUAGAUGUACCUAAGCCACCAGAAGGACCACUUGAAGUGUUUGAUGUUUAUAAAGAUAGAUGCAAAUUAAGUUGGAAUCCACCAAAAGAUACUGGAGGACUACCUCUACUGCAUUAUAUUAUUGAGAGACAAGAUUUAGGUGCUAGAGGGGGAUGGGUAGAAGUUGGAAAAUCUGAAACAACAAAAUAUGAUUGCACAGAUCUUAUAGCUAAAAAGGAAUACAAAUUUAGAGUUAGAGCUGUUAAUGAAAAAGGAGUGUCAGAACCAUUAGUAGCACCUAGAACAACUCUUGCUAAAGAUCCUUAUGAUGAGCCAACCAAACCAGGAAAUGUUGAACCCACUGAUUGGGAUAAAGAUAGAGUUGACCUUAAAUGGACACCUCCUGAAUCUGAUGGUGGAGCUCCUAUAACUGGAUAUGUAAUAGAAUAUAAAGAUAAAUUUUCUAGGGAUUGGACUACUGGUCCAGAAAUUCCUGCAGAUGAAACUAAAGGAAGAGUAGAUGGCUUAAAAGAAGGUGUACAAUAUGAAUUUAGAGUUAGAGCUAUUAAUAAAGCUGGACCUGGUGAACCAAGUGAACCUAGCAAGCCAGUGAUUGCUAAAGCCAGAUUUGUCAAGCCAUAUAUAAUAGGUGAUGAAGUAAAAAAUCUUGUUCUUAAGAAAGGACAAAUGAUUAAAUUUGAAAUUAAUUUUGGAGGUGAGCCACCUCCUGAAGUGAAAUGGGAUCUAAAUGGAAAAGAAUUGAAAGCUUCCAAAAAAAAUUUUAAUCAAAGAAUUGAUGAACCUGGCAAACCAGGCACUCCAGAAUUUGUUGAUUGGGAUAAUAUCAGUGUAGAUUUGAAAUGGGAACCACCUAAAAGUGAUGGUGGAGCACCAAUUACUAGAUAUAUUAUUGAGAAGAAAGAAAAAUUUGGCUUUAAUUGGGAAAAGGCUGUAGAAGUUAAUGGUACAACACUUGAAGCUAAGGUUACUUCAUUAAUUGAAAGGCAAGAAUAUCAGUUUAGAGUCAUUGCUGUAAAUAAAGCAGGACCUGGUGAACCUAGUGAUCCUACAAAGAAUCACUUAGUUAAACAUAGACGAUUAAAACCCAUGAUUGAUCGCAGUAUGCUUGAAAAUAUAACUGUUAAAAAAGGAAAGACUGUUAAAUUGGAUGUUAAUAUCAGAGGUGAACCACCUCCAAAAGUUACUUGGAUGUUAAAAGAGAAGGUAGUGGAAAGUGUAGAUAAUGUUGAAAUAGUAAAUGUGGAUUACAACAGUAAAAUAACUAUUCAUGACAGUUUAAGGAAAAACAGUGGAAGAUAUACCAUCAUAGCUGAAAAUGAACAUGGUCGUGAUGAAGCUGAUGUUGAAAUUCUUGUUUUAGGUGCACCAUCAAAACCAAAAGGACCACUUGAAGUAACUGAUGUGCAUGCUAAAGGAUGUAAACUAAAAUGGCAAAAACCAGAGGAUGAUGGAGGAAAACCACUAAACCAUUAUGUUGUUGAAAAAAUGGACACUGCAACAGGAAAUUGGGUUCCAGUUGGCAGAGCUGAUAGAGAUAGUCCUGAAAUGGUAGUUCCUGGUCUAACACCUGGAAAAGAAUAUCAAUUCCGUGUUAAAGCAGUUAAUGCUGAGGGUGAAUCUGAACCAUUAGUCACUUCUCAACCAAUAAUUGCAAAGAAUCCUUAUGAUCCUGCUGGUGCUCCUGGAGUUCCUGAUAUAGUUGACUGGGAUGAAACUAAAGUUGAUCUCAAAUGGCAACCACCUAAAAAGGAUGGUGGUGCACCAAUUACCGGUUAUAUUAUUGAAAAGAAGGAAAAGUUUGGAGCAACUUGGGAAACAUGUCUUGAAACAACUAGUUCUAAGCCUGAAGCAACAGUAACUGAUGUAAUGAAAGGCCAACAAUAUCAGUUUCGAGUUCGAGCAGUCAAUAAGGCAGGUCCUGGUGAUCCAAGUGAACCUAGUAAACUUCAUACAGUGAAAGCAAGAUAUUUGGCUCCAAAAAUAAAUCGUGACAAUUUACAGCCUAUUACAUUGCAUGCUGGCCAUGCUACUAAAUUAGAUGUAGAAGUAAUUGGUGAACCUCCACCUACUAUUACUUGGUUCUUUGCUGGAAAAGAAAUUGAAAAGAGUGAAAUAAUUAAAAUUGAAAAUGAGGAUUAUAUAACACACAUAAAAUUAAGUAAUGUAACACGCAAACAGUCAGGAAAAUAUACAAUUAAAGCUGUGAAUAGUUCUGGAAAAGAUGAGGCAUCAGUUGAAAUCACUGUCUUAGAUAAGCCUUCAAGACCAGAAGGUCCAUUAGAAGUUACUGAUGUUCAUGCAGAAGGAGCAACAAUAAAAUGGGAGAAACCAAAAGAUGAUGGAGGAUUACCACUUACUGGUUAUGUUGUUGAAAAACUUGACACUCUUACAGGACGUUGGGUACCUGUUGGUAAAACAGACAAAGAUACUCAACAAUUAACAGUAAAUGAUCUGGAACCUGGAAAAAGAUAUCAUUUCCGUGUUAAGGCUCAAAAUGCUGAAGGGGAUUCUGAGCCUUUAGAAUCAGACAAACCUACUCUUGCCAAAAAUCCAUAUGAUGAACCUGGACCACCAGGUCUUCCAGAAAUUAUUGAUUACGAUUCAAAUUUUGUCAAAUUAAAGUGGGAUAAACCAAUUCGAGAUGGUGGUGAUCCUAUAUCUGGUUAUAUUAUUGAGAAAAAAGAUCGCUAUAGUUCAGAUUGGGUUCCAGCUGCAGAGAUCAGAGGUGACAUUCCUGAAGGUAAAGUUUCAGGAUUAACUGAAGGUGAAAAAUAUGAAUUCCGUGUGAGAGCUGUAAAUAGAGCUGGUCCUGGUGUACCUAGUGAAGGAACCUCACCUCACACUGCUAAACCAAGAUUCUUGAAACCUAGAAUUGACAGAACUAAUUUGAAAGAUAUGACAAUAAAAGCUGGUUUGACUAUUAGCUUUGAUGUUAAUAUCAUUGGUGAACCACCACCAACAGUCACUUGGAAAUUCAAAAAUGAGACUAUAGAAACUGGUGUUGUAUAUCGUGUUGAUAAUGUUGAUUACAACUCUAAAUUCUAUCUGAUGAGAGCAACACGAAAAGAAAGUGGUACAUAUGUUAUUACUGCAACUAAUAGUUCUGGCACAGAUGAGGCAGGAGUUAUAAUAACAGUUCUUGGCAAGCCAAGUAAACCUAGAGGCCCAUUGGAAGUGUCAGAUGUUCAUAAAGAAGGUUGUUCAUUGAAAUGGAAAGAACCAGAAGAUGAUGGAGGCCUUCCUGUACAAUACUAUGAAAUUGAAAAAAUGGAUGAAGAUACAGGUGUAUGGGUUCCAGCUGGGAAAUCAACAGAACCCAAAUGUGAAGUUACAAAUUUGACUCCUGGAAAGAAAUACAAGUUCCGUGUAAGAGCAGUGAAUAAAGAAGGAGAUUCUGAGGAAUUGGAAACUGAAGAAGCAAUACUUGCUAAAAAUCCAUUUGAUGAGCCAAGUAAACCAGGUCGGCCUGAACCAACUGAUUGGGAUAAAGAUCAUGUUGAUCUUAAAUGGGCACCUCCAGAAAAAGAUGGUGGAUCACCAGUUACUGCUUAUAUCAUUGAGAAACGUAAAAAAGGCUCUCAUAAAUGGCAGAAAGCUAAACAAGUACCAGGAGAUAGAACAUCAGGAACUGUGUCAGAUCUUGAAGAAGGUGAAGAGUAUGAAUUCCGUGUUAAAGCUGUUAACAAAGGUGGUGUUAGUGAGCCAAGUGAACCAUCACGAUCUGUAGUUGCCAAACCACGAUUUUUGGCGCCAUAUAUUGAUCGAACAAAUUUAAAAGAUACAGUAAUUAAAGUUGGUCAGUCAGUCAGAUUUGAUGUUGAUGUAAAAGGAGAACCUCCUCCAGCUAUAGUAUGGUCAUUCAAAGAAGAAAAAUUGAAAGAUACAGAUAGAUUAAAAAUCCAAGUGGAAGAUUAUCGCACUGUUUUCUUUCUUUCAAGAGCAAAAAGGAAAGAAUCAGGAAAAUACACUAUCACUGCUACUAAUGACUCUGGAAAGGAUGAAGUGACUAUUGAAAUAAAAGUUUUAAGUAAACCAUCCAAACCAAAAGGUCCAUUAAAAGUGUCUGAUGUUCAUGCUGAAGGGUGCAAACUUAAGUGGGAUAAACCAGAAGAUGAUGGAGGAGAACCUGUUCAACAGUAUGUUGUGGAAAAAAUGGAUAUGGAAACUGGCAGAUGGGUUCCUGUUACAACUACAAGAGAACCAGAAGCAGAAAUUACUGGUUUAACACCAGGCAAAGAAUAUAAAUUCCGUGUUAGAGCUGUUAAUCCAGAAGGAGAAUCAGAACCCUUAGAAACAGAUGUACCAACACUAGCUAAAAAUCCAUUUGAUGAGCCUGGUAAACCUGGAAAACCAUCUGCUAAAGAUUGGGAUAGACAUCAUGUUGAUCUUACAUGGCAUGCACCUCAAACUGAUGGAGGAUCACCAAUUACAAGUUAUAUUAUUGAAAAGAAAGAUAAAUAUAGUACAAAAUGGCAAAAAGCAAUUGAAAUAAUUGGUGAUAAAUGUGAAGCUAGAGUGCCAGAUCUCAUUGAAGGUAUGGAAUAUCAGUUCCGUGUAAAAGCUGUUAAUAAAGCUGGACCUAGUAAUCCCAGUGAUGCUAGUGAUGUAAUUGUUGCUAAAACUAGAUUCUUGGCUCCAAAAAUUGAUAGAUCAACAUUGAAAGAUGUAAUUAUUCAUGCUGGUCAAAGUAUUAAGUUUGAUGUGAAAAUAAUUGGUGAACCUCCACCGAAAAAAAUUUGGAUGAAAGAGAAAGAAGUAUUGAAAGACGGUGGUCAAAUAGGAAUUGAGUUAGAACCAUACAGAACUAAAUUGGUAAUUCAUUCUGUUGAGCGUAAAGAUUCAGGUGUGUACAUAAUAAGAGCAGAAAAUUCUUCUGGUGAUGAUGAAGCACAAGUUCAAAUUGAGGUAUUAGACAGACCAUCUCAUCCUACUGGUCCUCUAGAAAUAAGUGGUAUACAUGCAGAAGGCUGUAAAUUGAAAUGGAAACCUCCUGAAGAUGAUGGUGGUGUACCUAUUGAACAUUAUGCUGUGGAAAGAAUGGAUACAUCAACAGGUCGUUGGGUGCCUGUAGGUCGCACUACUAAACCAGAGAUGGAUGUUAAUAACCUUGAACCUGGCCAAGAAUAUAAAUUCAGAGUAAGAGCAGUCAAUGCAGAAGGAGAAUCUGAUCCAUUAGAGGCUGAUAAACCAAUUAUUGCUAAGAAUCCAUAUGAUGCCCCUGGAAAACCUGGUAUUCCAGAAAUUAAAGAUUGGGAUAAAGAUCGUGUGGAUUUGAAAUGGCAGCCACCAGUUAAAGAUGGAGGUGCUCCAAUAGUAGGUUAUAUUAUUGAGAAAAAAGAAAAAUCUACUACAGUAUGGACAAAAGCUGGUCAGAUUGAUGGAAAAGAAUGUGAAGCACGUGUUUAUGACUUAAUUCAAGGAGAAACUUAUCAAUUUCGUGUUAGAGCAAUAAAUGCUGCUGGCCCUGGAGAAGAAAGUGAUCCUUCAAAGCCUGUCACAGCAAAACCAAGAAAAUUGGCACCAAGAAUUGAUAGACGUAACUUAAGAUCAGUAACAGUAAAAUAUGGCCAAUCCUUUUUCUUUGAUGUAAAAAUCAUUGGGGAGCCACCUCCUUCAGUUACUUGGACUAUUAAGGAAAGACCAGUUGUUGAAAGAUUAACAUUAACAAUUCAAAAUAUUCCUUAUAAUACAAAAUUAACUUGUGAUAAAGCAGAGCGUUCAGAUAAUGGAACAUAUCGUAUUACAGCAAGAAAUACUUAUGGAGAGGACCAAGCAGAUGUAGAAGUAACUGUUUUAGCAAAGCCUUCUAAGCCUGAAGGCCCAUUAGAAGUAUCAGAUAUCAACAAGAAUGGUUGUAAGUUGAAAUGGAAUAAGCCUAANUUUUCUUUAGAUAAACCUACUGCACCAAAUGGUCCAUUAAAAAUAGAUGAUAUUCAUGCUGAAGGGUGCACUCUAAAUUGGAAUCCUCCUAGUGAUGAUGGAGGUAUUCCAAUUGAUCAUUAUGUAAUAGAAAAAAUGGAUCCCAAGACAGGUAUAUGGGUUCCAGCUGGAGAAACAAUUGGUCCAGAGACUACAAUGAAAGUAAAAGGUCUACAGCCUGGUAAAAAUUACAAAUUCCGUGUUAGGGCAGCUAAUCGUCAAGGUGAAUCAGAACCACUGGAAGCUGAUAAAGCAAUAUUAGCUAAAAAUCCAUUUGACCAACCUGGAAAACCUGGAACUCCUGAAAUUGAUGAUUAUGAUAAAGAUUUUGUUAAACUGAAGUGGAAAGCACCUGAUUCAGAUGGUGGAUCACCAAUUACAGGUUAUGUUAUUGAAAAGAGAGAUAAAAUGAGUCUUGUUGGUGGUAUUUGGGAUUUAUUAAUCAAAAUGNGAAAACCUGGUAUUCCAGAAAUUAAAGAUUGGGAUAAAGAUCGUGUGGAUUUGAAAUGGCAGCCACCAGUUAAAGAUGGAGGUGCUCCAAUAGUAGGUUAUAUUAUUGAGAAAAAAGAAAAAUCUACUACAGUAUGGACAAAAGCUGCUCAGAUUGAUGGAAAAGAAUGUGAAGCACGUGUUUAUGACUUAAUUCAAGGAGAAACUUAUCAAUUUCGUGUUAGAGCAAUAAAUGCUGCUGGCCCUGGAGAAGAAAGUGAUCCUUCAAAGCCUGUCACAGCAAAACCAAGAAAAUUGGCACCAAGAAUUGAUAGACGUAACUUAAGAUCAGUAACAGUAAAAUAUGGCCAAUCCUUUUUCUUUGAUGUAAAAAUCAUUGGGGAGCCACCUCCUUCAGUUACUUGGACUAUUAAGGAAAGACCAGUUGUUGAAAGAUUAACAUUAACAAUUCAAAAUAUUCCUUAUAAUACAAAAUUAACUUGUGAUAAAGCAGAGCGUUCAGAUAAUGGAACAUAUCGUAUUACAGCAAGAAAUACUUAUGGAGAGGACCAAGCAGAUGUAGAAGUAACUGUUUUAGCAAAGCCUUCUAAGCCUGAAGGCCCAUUAGAAGUAUCAGAUAUCAACAAGAAUGGUUGUAAGUUGAAAUGGAAUAAGCCUAAAGAUGAUGGUGGAGAACCAUUAGAAGGUUAUCUUGUAGAAAAACAAGAUCCAGAUACAGGUGCUUGGGUACCUGUUGGAAAAGUUUAUUCACCAGAAAUGGAAGUUACAGGUUUGACACCAGGAAAACAAUAUAAAUUUAGAGUUAAAGCAGUUAAUAAGGAAGGAGAAUCUGAUCCACUUGAAACUUUGGCGCCAAUUCUAGCUAAAGAUCCUUAUGAUGCCCCUGGAAAACCUGGUAUUCCAGAAAUUAAAGAUUGGGAUAAAGAUCGUGUGGAUUUGAAAUGGCAGCCACCAGUUAAAGAUGGAGGUGCUCCAAUAGUAGGUUAUAUUAUUGAGAAAAAAGAAAAAUCUACUACAGUAUGGACAAAAGCUGCUCAGAUUGAUGGAAAAGAAUGUGAAGCACGUGUUUAUGACUUAAUUCAAGGAGAAACUUAUCAAUUUCGUGUUAGAGCAAUAAAUGCUGCUGGCCCUGGAGAAGAAAGUGAUCCUUCAAAGCCUGUCACAGCAAAACCAAGAAAAUUGGCACCAAGAAUUGAUAGACGUAACUUAAGAUCAGUAACAGUAAAAUAUGGCCAAUCCUUUUUCUUUGAUGUAAAAAUCAUUGGGGAGCCACCUCCUUCAGUUACUUGGACUAUUAAGGAAAGACCAGUUGUUGAAAGAUUAACAUUAACAAUUCAAAAUAUUCCUUAUAAUACAAAAUUAACUUGUGAUAAAGCAGAGCGUUCAGAUAAUGGAACAUAUCGUAUUACAGCAAGAAAUACUUAUGGAGAGGACCAAGCAGAUGUAGAAGUAACUGUUUUAGCAAAGCCUUCUAAGCCUGAAGGCCCAUUAGAAGUAUCAGAUAUCAACAAGAAUGGUUGUAAGUUGAAAUGGAAUAAGCCUAAAGAUGAUGGUGGAGAACCAUUAGAAGGUUAUCUUGUAGAAAAACAAGAUCCAGAUACAGGUGCUUGGGUACCUGUUGGAAAAGUUUAUUCACCAGAAAUGGAAGUUACAGGUUUGACACCAGGAAAACAAUAUAAAUUUAGAGUUAAAGCAGUUAAUAAGGAAGGAGAAUCUGAUCCACUUGAAACUUUGGCGCCAAUUCUAGCUAAAGAUCCUUAUGAUCCACCAAGUGCUCCUGGUAAACCAGAAGCAACUGAUUGGAAUAAGGAUAGAGUUGACUUAAAAUGGAAACCACCAGACAGAGAUGGAGGUGCACCCAUAACCCAUUAUAUUAUUGAAAAGAAAGAAAAAUUAGCAACACGUUGGGAAAAAGCUGCUGAAGUUCCAGGUGACUCUUGUAAAGGAACAGCUCCCUUUUUGACUGAAGGAAAAGAAUAUGAAUUCCGAGUGAUUGCAGUUAAUAAAGCUGGACAGAGUGAACCCAGUGAAGCAUCAGUACCAAUCAUAGCAAAACCAAGAUAUUUGGCACCUCAGAUUGAUAGGAAAUGUCUCAGAGAUCUAACUAUUAAUACUGGACAAUCAAUUAAAUUUGAUGUUAAUAUUAUUGGUGAACCACCUCCAACUGUUACCUGGAUUGUAAAUGAUGUUACUUUAAGAGCUUCAGACCAUAUUCAGAUUGAAAAUAUUGAUUAUAAUUCUAAAGUAACAAUUCGCAAAACAACUCGUAUUGAUAGUGGAAAGUACACAAUUACUGCAACCAAUAGCUCAGGAAAAGAUUCUGUAACAGUGAAUGUCACAGUUUUAGAUAAACCCACUGCACCUCAGGGACCAUUAGAAGUAUCCGAUGUACAUAAAGAAGGUUGCAAACUAAAAUGGAAGAAACCAAAAGAUGAUGGUGGUACUCCAAUUGAAUGUUAUAAAGUGGAAAAGAUGGAUCCAGAAACUGGAACAUGGAUUCCUGUUGGCACAUCAAAAGAACCAAAUAUGGAAGUAACAGGCUUAACUCCUGGCAAGGAUUAUAAAUUCAGAGUUAUGGCUGUGAAUAAAGAAGGAGAAUCAGUACCACUUGAAACAGAAAAAGCUAUAACUGCUAAGAAUCCAUUUGAUGAGCCUGGUAAACCGGGAACACCUGAAGCUACUGACUGGGACAAAGAUCAUGUUGAUUUGAAAUGGACACCACCUGCAAGUGAUGGUGGUGCACCAAUCUCAAGUUACAUCAUUGAAAAGAAAGAUAAAUAUGGCAAUUGGGAAAAAGCUGUUGAAGUCCCAGGUGAUCAAACUAAAGCAACUGUUCCUGAUCUUAUUCAAGGUCAGGCAUAUGAAUUCAGAGUUAAAGCUGUCAAUAAAGCUGGCCCUGGAGAGCCUAGUGAAGCAACGCUUCCUAUAGUUGCAAAACCAAGGCGAUUGGCUCCUAAAAUUGAUAGAACAAAUCUACACAAGGUUCGAAUUAGAGCUGGCCAGUCAUUCAAUUUUGAUGUAAACGUAAUUGGUGAGCCACCACCAACCAUUACCUGGACUUUAAAAGGCAGAAAAGUUACACAAAGUGAGACUGUAAAACUAGUAAUAGAAGAAUAUAAUACAAAGCUAACUGUGAGGAAUGCAAAACGAGAACAUAAUGGCACUUAUACGAUAACUGCAGUUAAUGAAUAUGGAAAAGAUGAAGCUGAAGUGGAUGUUGUUGUAUUAGACAGACCAUCUCAUCCUACUGGUCCUCUAGAAAUAAGUGGUAUACAUGCAGAAGGCUGUAAAUUGAAAUGGAAACCUCCUGAAGAUGAUGGUGGUGUACCUAUUGAACAUUAUGCUGUGGAAAGAAUGGAUACAUCAACAGGUCGUUGGGUGCCUGUAGGUCGCACUACUAAACCAGAGAUGGAUGUUAAUAACCUUGAACCUGGCCAAGAAUAUAAAUUCAGAGUAAGAGCAGUCAAUGCAGAAGGAGAAUCUGAUCCAUUAGAGGCUGAUAAACCAAUUAUUGCUAAGAAUCCAUAUGGUAAUAAAUUAUUGGCAAUCUUAAGAAUUAAAAAUUGUUUAGUUGUAAAAAAUAGAAUCCAAUUAUUGGAUAACUCUAUUAAAGCAAUUGAAAUCUGUUUUGUUUUUUCUUUUGCAACUUUUCCAGAAUGGAUGCAAGUUCUUGAAGUACCUGGUGAUGAAACUAAAGCAAAAAUACCUGAUUUGAUUGAAGGAAAUCAGUAUGAAUUUAGAGUCAGAGCAAUCAACAAGGGAGGAGCAGGAGAACCAAGUGAUGCAACUGCACCUCAUACAGCCAAACCCAAAAACUUGGCACCAAGAAUUGAUCGUAAUGCUAUGCAUAACGUUCGUAUAAGAGCUGGAAAAGGCUUUGAAUUAGAUGUGCCAGUAAUAGGUGAACCGCCACCUACAAAAAAAUGGACCCUUGAUCUAAAACCAGCCGAUGAACUUAGUAGAUGGACUAUUAUCAAUGAGGAUUAUAUUACAAGACUUUCAGUGAAGAAUGCUCAGCGGGCUGAUAGUGGGACCUUAACAUUAACAGCUACAAAUGUUAAUGGAACAGAUAGUGCAAAAGUUUCCAUAAUUAUUCUUGAUGUUCCAACUGCUCCAGAAGGUUUAAGUAUUUCUGAUAUUACCAAAGAAGGUUGCACUGUUUCUUGGAGACCUCCAAAAGAUGAUGGAGGAUCUGAAAUUGUGCGAUAUGUUGUAGAAAAAAAAGAUUCUGAAACAGGACGUUGGUUACCUGUUGGUGAAACUCUAAAUACACAUCUGCAUGCAGAUAAAUUGAUUGAACUUCAUGAAUAUACAUUUAGAGUCAAAGCUGUAAACAGAGAAGGAGAUUCACCUUGGUUAAUAGCAAGAGAACCAAUUAUUGCCAAAAAUCCAUUUGAUCAACCAGAUAAACCUGCUCCUCCUGAAGUUGUUGAUUGGGAUAGUCAUCAUGUUGAUUUAGAAAUACAUCCACCAAGAAAAGAUGGUGGUGCUCCUAUUUCAACAUAUAUUAUUGAGAAACGAAUUAAAGGGUCACCUUUUUGGGAGGAAGGCACUAGAGUAAAAGGAGACUGUACUAAAGCUAGAGUACCUGAUCUGAAAGAAGGUGAAGAAUAUGAAUUUAGAGUAGUAGCAAUUAAUAAAGCUGGACCUAGUGAACCAAGUGAUCCAUCAAAAGCAGUUGUUGCCAAACCAAGAUUCCUGGCUCCCUCAUUGGACAGAUUAGCUUUACAAGACUUGAAAGUACGAGUUGGAAGACCAAUUAAUUUCACCAUUCCUAUUAAAGGAGAACCACCACCAGCUGUCACUUGGUUAGUUCAUGACAAGACUGUAUUGAAUGUACCACGAAUUGAAAUAACAACAACUGCGACUCAGACAAUUUUGAAUAUUUCAUCUUCUAUAAGAUCAGAUUCAGGAAGAUAUACUCUAUCAUUGGAAAACUCUUCAGGAAAAACUUCUGCAACAGCAACAGUAGUAGUUCAAGAUCGACCUUCACCGCCAGAAGGUCCACUUGAAGUUACUGAUGUUACUCGAGAAUCAGCUCAAUUAACAUGGAAAGUACCAAGUGAUGAUGGAGGCUGUCCAAUUAGACAAUAUAUAAUAGAAAAGAUGGAUACAUCUAGAGGAACUUGGACUGAAGCAGGCAUAUCUAUUAGUCUAACAUAUAAAGUUACAAGAUUGGUAGCAUUCAAAACAUAUCAGUUUAGAGUCAUUGCUGUGAAUGAAGUUGGUAAUUCUGAUCCAUUAGAAAAACAUGAAGGCAUCAUUGCAAAGAAUCCAUUUGAACCACCCACCUCACCUGGAAAACCACAAAUUAAGGAUUGGGAUAAAGAUCAUGUUGAUCUAGAAUGGCCUGCACCAAAAGAAGAUGGCGGUUCUCCAAUUACAGGUUAUAUCAUACAAAAGAGAGAGAGAGGCUCUUCAAGUUGGACCAAAGGUGCAGAAGUGCCAGCUACACAAACUAAAGGAACAGUUCCAGAUCUUGUUGAAGGAACAGAUUAUGAAUUUAGAAUAAUUGCUGUUAAUAAAGGAGGUCAUAGUGAUCCUAGUGAACCAUCUGAUUUUGUCACAGCCAAACCAAGAUUCUGUAAGUAAAUUUUAUUAUAAUAU